UCACAAUGGUCCUCACUAGGCCAAUUUCCUUUGAAUCGUCUGAAAGUUAGUUUUGAACUUUGUCAAUAAAAUUUCUGAAGCUUUAGCUUUUCAAUUCUCUCUAUCCACAGAUAUCAUAUCAUCUUUGAAGCAAGUUGUGGUUUCACGUUGUUACAAACAUUUUUAUUUCAGUGCCAAAAUUCAUCACCAUGAUUUUUAUAAGAGGGUGUUUUAUCCUAUGGAUUACUGUGAUUCUUUUUAUCCAUGAUUUGGAUAAUGUGGAAGGAAGAAACCACUAUCACAAGAAGCAGAACAAAAAAUCCCCUGCUCCUAAGUCCCCUGCUCAUUCCCCUGCACCACCAAGUGACACUUCACCCCCUUCUUCCACUUCUCCGAGUGUUCCCUCAGACCCUUAUCCGAAUGAUCCCGGGGAUUCAGGCUGCGUAUUCGACGUCAUGUCCUUCGGGGCAGUUGGAGAUGGUUCAGCUGAUGACACGGCUGCAUUCAGGGAAGCAUGGAAAGCAGCUUGUGCAGUAGAGUCAGGGGUUGUUCUGGCUCCAGAAAACUACUGUUUUAUGAUCACUUCUACAAUUUUUUCUGGUCCAUGCAAGCCAGGACUUGUAUUUCAAGUGGAAGGUACUCUCAUGGCACCAGAUGGACCAGAUUCUUGGCCUAAAGCAGAUAGCCGAAGUCAAUGGCUUGUGUUUUAUAGACUUGAUCAAUUCACUCUUAAUGGGAUAGGAAUCAUUGAAGGCAAUGGGGAACAAUGGUGGGAUCUUCCUUGCAAACCUCACAGGGGUCCAGAUGGGAAAACUACAUCAGGACCAUGUGGGAGUCCAACAAUGAUAAGGUUCUUCCUCAGCUCCAACUUGCUGAUGAGGGGUGUGAAGAUUCAAAACAGCCCCAUGUUCCAUGUGAAGUUUGAUGGCUGCCAAGGAGUGCGGAUCGACGAGGUGUCCAUUUCUGCGCCGAAACUCAGCCCCAACACUGAUGGAAUCCACUUAGGAAACACGAAGGGUGUUUCGAUUUACAACACCAUGAUAAGCAAUGGUGAUGAUUGUGUUUCAAUUGGACCCGGGUGCUCAGAUGUGGACAUUAAUGGAUUAACUUGUGCUCCCACACACGGAAUUAGCAUUGGAAGCCUUGGAGUGGACAACUCACAUGCUUGUGUCUCCAACAUAACUGUCAGAAAUUCUGUGAUAAAGGAAUCAGACAAUGGGCUGAGGAUUAAGACAUGGCAAGGAGGUACAGGUUCAGUGACAAACUUGAGAUUUGAGAACAUCCAAAUGGAGAAUGUGAGGAACUGCAUCAACAUAGACCAGUACUACUGCCUGACCAAGGAGUGCAGGAACCAAACAUCAGCAGUACAUGUAAAUGAUGUGUCGUACAUUAACAUAAAGGGGACUUAUGAUGUGAGAACACCUCCUAUACACUUUGCUUGCAGUGACAGUGUUGCGUGCACAAACAUAACACUUUCAGAUGUAGAGCUUUUGCCAUAUGAAGGGGAGUUACUGGAGGAUUCAUUUUGCUGGAAUGCUUAUGGGACGCAAGAGACAAUAACAGUUCCUCCAAUUGAUUGCUUAAGGGAAGGUGAACCUGAGAGGGUUAUAGAGCUCUCCCAAUAUGAAUGCAGUUAACAUGUUACAAUUACUUUGAAAUUGUGGUUAUAGAAGAAGGUAAGGUACAUGUAUAGAGGCAUUAAUUAGUUAUGAUGGGGUAUGUUUGUGGCUUAUUAUAUGAUACAUUAUUACUUGUUAUUCGUUCCUAUUUGGGGGAUUCGCCCUAUUGUGUGAUGAGAUAUAGAAUUUAGUCUAUUUUUUGGGACCUACCUACAUUGUAAUAGCUUUAAUUGGAUAUUAUAUAAUAGAUUUCAUAUA